CCCAAACCUCUCUUAAGCCUUGGAUCUUCAGUGCAAGAUGACUAUAUGGAGACCAGACUAGUGACCCAUCUCUGAAGAUAGAUUGGGCCGUGCACGACCUGAAACUCGAUGUGUUGCAGGGCCAAUGUAAGGUCUUGCAUCAUCGCAUGUAUCUCCACUUCCAACAACUGAAAAAACAACACGCAUCAGUCAACCAGCUAUUCCUGCUGAUGCUGCACAAAUCACAACGCACCACAAGGGACGGUGAGGGAUUUGACUGAAAACUAAGCAAAUUUCAGGUGCGGUAGCAAAACCGGAGAAUUGGCGAAAAAGAACAGCUCAAUCGAAACUGGGGACGAAAGAAGAGAGCGGAUAGCGACGCCUGGUGUCUCCCCCUCGCCAAGUUUCCUCCGCGCCAAAACGUGCGAGCAAUGGCAACGUGGGAAACUCCGGCGAAACAAGACAAGCGUGGCCCAGACGCGCCGCUCCUUCCGGCGAACCAACCGCCUCCUCCUCCACCCUAUAUAUUCCACGCGGCAGCCUCAUCCAUUCCAAGUCCCAACCAUCCCAGCUCCACCACGCGGUCAACAGAGCGAACACAUCGGGAGAUCCAAAGAUCCCACAGCUCCGUCACACAGCUCGAUCGAUCUCGUUCUCGUCUUCUCCUGAUCUCUUGCCGCGUGUGGGUACAGCCAUGGCCACCGGAGGAGUAGUAGUGCUCAACCUGCGCGUCCCGUCGGCUUCAGUGGCGCCGGCGAGGCCGGUGGGCGGGGGGCUGGAGGAUGACCACUACCGGACGCUGAGGCUGGCGCCGGGGGCCACCAGGGGCGAGGUCAAGAGGGCCUUCCACCGCCUCGCGCUGCAGUACCACCCGGACGUCGUGCGGCGAGGCGGCAGCGACGUCUGGCAAGAAAAUAGCAUCGACUUCGAGCGGAUCAACGCGGCAUACCAGAGGGUGAUGAGCAACAUGCGCGAGGCGGAGGCGAGGCUCGAGUACUGGCGGCUCCGCUACGGUCUCGCCGACGAGGACCUCGACCGGUACCGCCGCUACCUCAACGACGACGACGAGGACGACUGGUUCAGAGACCUCUGAAAUCUUCUUCGUUGCCGUGCCGUGAGAGAGGGGUUGGCAAUCACACUGUAAAUUCGCGCGACGUGUGUGGCUGUGUGCUUCUCCCCUGUUUUAUUGUAGGGAAGGAACAGAUGCAGAAAAUCUAGGGUUCUAAGAGCAUCUCCAACAGGCGUCAAAAAAAGCUCCGCGCCCUAAAAAUUCGUUUUUUUGACGCCCAACAGCUCCAGCAGAUGCUGUAGCGCUAAAAAGUUUUGGGCGCGCGCUGAAAAACGCUAUCGCGCGCAGCAUAUUUUGAGCUUCGGAUUGGGCGCGCUUCACAAAUUGCACUGUUUGCUUUUUGAGCGCGCGUCUUCGGGCGUUUGCUAAAGCAAUGUUGGCCCCGGCGCAUAAAAAAUGCUAAAGUGGCGCGCUAUAACUUUUAUUGGGCGCGAGAUUUUUGUGCGGCCGUUGGAGAUGCUCUACCAAAUUGUACUACUUGAUAGGAACAUUUUAAUUCCAUUGUAAAUAUAUAAAAAAAUCAGAGGAAUUAAUCCAAAUUGUGGCUCAGGAACGCUUCUUCUCCUUGGAUUUCCAUGGAUGGAAGGAACGCUUCUUUCGCUUUCUGUGAUAAUGGCACUGACUGAUGACACUUGCUGGUGAAAUGGUUCAGUCAGUUUUUCACUGUAAAAAUGUCAGCCAUUUGUUUUGCUU